AUGUACGGGCUAUAUAUCGGAAUAAACUCUAGUCUUCUAUGCAGUGAUCCAGAUAAUGCAAGCAUUAAGAUAGAACAGGGUGAAUCAAGGAUAAAACAGGGGGAAUCAAGGAUAGAACAGGGUGAAUCAAGGAUAGAACAGGGGGAAUCAAGGAUAGAACAGGAGGAAUCAAGGAUAGAACAGGGUGAAUCAAGGAUAGAACGGGGGGAAUCAAGGAUAGAACAGGAGGAAUCAAGGAUAGAACAGGAGGAAUUAAGGAUAGAACAGGGGGAAUUAAGGAUAGAACAGGAGGAAUCAAGGAUAGAACAGGAGGAAUUAAGGAUAGAACAGAUGGAAUUAAGGAUAGAACAGGGGGAAUCAAGUAUAGAACAGGGGGAAUCAAGGAUAGAACAGGGUGAAUCAAGGAUAGAACAGGGGGAAUCAAGAAUAGAACUGGGUGAAUCAAGAAAAGAACAGGAGGAAUCAAGGAUAGAACAGGGGGAAUCAAGAAUAGAACAGGAGGAAUCAAGGAUAGAACAGGGUGAAUCAAGAAUAGAACAGGAGGAAUCAAGGAUAGAACAGGGGGAAUCAAGGAUAGAACAGGGGGAAUCAAGAAUAGAACUGGGUGAAUCAUGGAUAGAACAGGAGGAAUUAAGGAUAGACAGGGACAAUCAAGGAUAGAACAGGGUGAAUCAAGGAUAGAACAGGGUGAAUCAAGGAUAGAACAGGAGGAAUCAAGGAUAGAACUGUGUGAAUGAAGGAUAGAACAGGGUGAAUCAAGAAUAGAACAGGAGGAAUCAAGGAUGGAACAGGGGAAUCAUGGAUAGAACAGGGGGAAUCAAGGAUAGAACAGGGGGAAUCAAGGAUAGAACAGGAGGAAUCAAGGAUAGAACAGGGGGAAUCAAGGAUAGAACAGGGGAAAUCAAGGAUAGAACAGAGGAAUCAAGAAUAGAACAGGGGUAAUCAUGGAUAGAACAGGAGGAAUCCAAGAUAGAACAGGGGGAAUCAAGGAUAGAACAGAGGGAAUCUGGGAUAGAACAGGAGGAAUUUUUAAUUGCAAUAGAGGGAAUGAAUGAAGAAUAAAUGUUGUUGUUCAUUUAAAGAUUCUUGUUUGAAAUUCUUAAAUUUAUCGCCAUUUGCAAAGCAGAAUCUGCUCUAUUAAAUAUAGUUGUGAGAUGUUUGUUGUGUUUUUCAAGUUGAAAUAUGUAGAGUAAAAAAUUUUUACUUUUGUACUGGACAAGUAUUAGAAGUGAAGAUUGAUAAAGAAAACUUUGUCCGGCCUACACAUGUAUGUAUAUUGUAUAUACAUAACUUGUAUGACAGUGAGAUAAGAAUGUGAGUGAUAUUUUGAGGAGGCAUUGUUUUGUAUUGGGGGGCUUGAUCUUUAUGUGCGUGGGUGUUUAGGCUGAAAUAUCUGGCAAGACUCUGCAUUUUCAACUGCCUGACCUAGGCAGCUAGCGGCCUGGGUCAACAUCCACCCACCUAUUGUUGAACAGAUGACCAU